AUGCACUGGAGAUCACUUGCACUGUCGACGCUGAUACUGGCCUCGCCAGCACUAUGCGAUAGAUCGCAAAAGCCACCGGGAAAAGAUGCCAUCCUUUUAUCCAACGUCAAAACCUUGACGCUCCGCGCCAACCGCCAAACCACCUCUCGCCGUGUGUCUCCCAUCCCACAGCUGAACUGUGUCGGCCCCUCCAAGAAAACAUGCGCUCUCUACCAGAUUGAUACAAUGCGCUGCACAAAUGAUGGCUAUGACUACGAUGCCGAAGAUGUACAAUGGACGUGUACAGCCUCACUGCCCCCGGAGUUCAAGCUCGGCGCAACCGACGUCAUUUGUGAAGGAUAUCGAAGUUCUGAGGAUAAGUGGGUGCUGAAAGGUAGCUGCGGAGUUGAAUACCGUAUGCUUCUCACGGACCAAGGAGAGAAGAGGUUCGGAAAGGCCAGUGAUGACUACGAGUGGUCUUCCUUAUUUGGUAAUGGGAAGAAGACCUCGGGACGUGGCUGGGGAAGAUGGGUGGAGACCUUGGGGGACAUCAUCUUCUUUGGGUUCUUUGCUGCUGUGUUUCUAUUCAUUGUUGGCCGAUUCCUUGCCGAGUGUCUUGGUCUACGGGGGAACCAGCGAGGCACAGCUACUGCUGGGCGAAGAUGGGGAUGGGGAGGAGGCGGUGGUGGAGGUGGCCAUGGUGAUGGCUAUCCUUCAGGGCCUCCACCUCCUUAUAGCAGUGCCUGCAAUGACGAGAGUUCCAGCUUCGGGUUCGGAAGCCGACCUGCUACACAGGGCUGGCGACCGGGUUUCUGGACGGGAGCGAUGGGUGGUGCUGCAGCGGGAUAUGAGAUGGGACGGCGUGCCGGUAACAACAAUCGUGCUUCCACUCAACAAGGGGGAUCAUUCUUUGGCCGACAGAACAAUUAUGAUGCUGGAGAGGGUAGCUCGCGGACACGCUCGUCGCCGUCGUUCUCAACCACGUCAACCAGCACUGGUUUUGGAUCUACAAGACGGAGGUAG